GAGAGAGAGAGAGUGUGUGUGUGUGUAUGUGUGUGUGUGACACAGCUGAUGCACGCAGCCCUUUCAAGCUACCUCCAUCACCCCCCAUCUCCGCUCCGGGCGACAGCAGCGGCAGCGGUUCUUCAGACCAGCCCUGCGACCCACGCACUACCACACCGGACAUUGUACAGGAAGCGAUCGGACCAGCGGUCGCGGAAAGUCAGCCAGUCAGAUCCGCACGGCGCUGCUGCUGAUAUGUGCGUGUCUGCUACUCGGCGUGGUGACUCCACCCCCCAGCUCCUGUGCGGCGUGUGGGCAGCAGAGUGAGGGGCGUCGCCCCGCCCGGCAUGGGCAGUGCUGGCAGCGGGGUAGCCAAUCACCAGUCACCGACGUUCGCCAUGCGCAGCGUGGGCACCCGCACCAGCACCGUCAGCGCCAACGCGGGCCCCUCGGGCAGCGGCCUGACACGCGGCCCCUCCCUGCCCCCUGCCGCCAACACCUCCACGCGCCGUCGCCUCGGCGACCGCAGCUACAGCGCCGAGCGACACCCCCACCCACCCAACAUCUUGUUGGGCCCCGCCAAGACCGGAGGGCCGUCGGGUGACGAACGUGGCUACGGCAACACAGAGGGCUCAUAUUACGCCGGAGGCACGGAACAGCCACCACCGCAACCGGAUGGCACCGAGCGCUCAACCGCACACACCAACGCCAACCGCCAUCUGACCAAUGGGGAGCGGAUGGUGGCCAACGCCGCCUUCCUGAACGGAGGAGGAGGGGGUGGACGCCGUGGCGACGGGGGCCAUUACGGGGAGCGUGGGCGGACGUCCGAGGCCGUGUCGGGCCCGGCCACGACAGGGGUGGACAUCUGCGGCAACAGCGUGGUGCUCAACAAUGACAAGAACAGCAGCAUUCAGCAGAUGACCGCGCACUACAAGGAGAACCCCACAGCCAAGGUGGACAACCACAACAACCCCCCCAACAUCUUGCCUGUCUCUGGGAAACUGGAGCAGAAUAACGAUGGCCUGGUGCGUCCCUCAGCUUUCAAACCAGUAGUGCCCAAGAGUUUUCACUCAAUGCAGAACUUGGUGUCGCCGCCCCAGAAGGGACCAGGCGGGGGGAGAGGUGGAGGCAGUGGUGGAGGAGGAGGAGGAGGAGGAGGAGGUGGGGGUCACCCCACUUCCGGAAACCACAGGGAUCGCGACAGCCCUGGCGUGGGGGGCGGCGGGGGCUCCCGUGGGGGUGGGCAGGGGGUGGUGGGUGGCGGUAUGUCCGACUCGGGUAGGAACUCUCUGACCAGCCUGCCCACAUACACAAGCUCGGGGGGCUACGCGCCACCGCCGCCAGUGCUGGGACCCCUCAGCGCGUCCACAAGCCACAUCAACCGGCUGGCCGAGAAGCUGGAGCGGCCGGGUGGUGGCAGCGGCUACCAGAACGGCCUGAGCACUUCCGACAGUGGCCGCUCGUCCUCGGGCAAAAGCUCGUCGUCGUACCAGCGCCUCAGUCACCUGAGUGACGCCCCCGCACCCUUGCGCCCAUCGCCCUCCUCCGAUGACAUCAUACAGGAUCUGGAGGACCGGCUGUGGGAGAGAGAGCAGGAGGUGCUCCACAUGCGGCGUAACCUGGACCAGAGUGAGGCGGCCAUCGCGCAGGUCUUCGAGGAGAAGCAGCGGGUGUGGGAGCGCGAGAUGGAGGACCUGCGUCAGAACUACGCGGCGCGGCUGCAGCAGGUGACGCGGCGUGCCCAGCGCUCCCAGCACGCGCUCCAGGCCCAGAUCACGCGCCUCACGCAGGACAAGCGCCGGCUGCAGGAGGAGAUCGCCGCCCUGCUGGCCCAGCGCGACGAGCUUGAGCGCAAGUGCCUGGACUACCGCAAAGAGCAGGCCGACAUCCUGCCACAGCUGGAGGAGACAAAGUGGGAGGUGUGCCAGAAAGCAGGCGAGAUCUCCCUGCUGAAGCAGCAGCUCCGGGACAGCCAGGCGGAGGUGACGCAGCGGGCCGGGGAGAUGGUGGCUCUGCGGGGCCAACUCAAGGAGCUCAACGCCCAGCUGAAAGAGCGCGAGGAGGCCAUCCAGGGCCUGAAGGAGUCCUACACCAGCAAGAGCCUGGAGCUGGAGCGCUGCGAGGGGGAGCUGCAGAGGACGCUGGCGGAGGUGUCUCUGCUGAGGCAUAAGCUGAGUCUGUUCGAGGCAGAGGUCCUGGGUCUGAAGCAGGCCCUGGGGGAGAUGAACUCGUCUGCCCGCCACGUCGACUCCAGCGAACUCCUCCGGGGCGGUCUGCCCCCGUCCUCUUCCUCGUCUGCGUCCCGAACCCAUAGAGACGCCCACCUGUCUCCGUCCACCUCGAUGGAACCCCUGGGCAUGAGUAUGGGCAUGGGUGGCACCAUGGGUAUGAGUGCGAGCUCGCUGCUGCCCCCUGCCUCCUCUUCCUCUUCCUCUUCGUCCCCGUCGGAGGCGUUGUUGAGCAUGCAGAGCGACGAGGCAAAGGUGCAGCAGCAGCAGCAGCGCCAGGAGGCGAUGGCGGCGGCCGCGGGGGAUCUGCGUCGUCAGCUAGAGCGCCUGCAGGGCGAGCUCCGCCUGGAGCGUCAGCAGCGCGAGCGGCAGGCGCUCACCUUCGCCCAGGAGCGCCACACCUGGCAGGACGAGAAGGAGCGCGUGCUCAAGUACCAGGCCCAGCUGCAGCUCAGCUACGUGGAGAUGCUGCAGAAGAACCAGGCACUGGAGGACCGCGUGGACCAGCUCAGCACCAAGCUCACCAUCUCGCCCGCCUCGCCACCGCCGGCUUUGCCCCCGCCGCAGCCCAUCCUCGCCCUGCCCCCCGCCGGACUGCCUGCUCUGCCUGCGCCCACUUCGCUCUCCUCGCUGCCCUCCCCGCCACCACCGCCGCCCGCCGAUGAGAAGAACCUGCCCGCUCUUCACCAGUUGGCUCCCCCGUGGCCGGUGCCAACGCGCCUGGAGAGGAUCGAGUCGACUGAGAUCUAAAGAUGGCUCUGGAGAGAGAGAGAGAGUGAGAAAGAGAGAGUGAGAAAGAGAGAGAGAGAGAGAGAGA